AUGCAAUGGCUGUUCUUCGAUCAGAUGCGGAAUGGUCGUUACAAAUUAAUCUGUGCCGAUGCUUGCAUCGUAGUGAAGGCCAGACAUAGGGUAAGGAGUCGUAUCAUGUUAAUUUAUUCUUUGACUUUGUAAUGCGUGAAUUUCGAUCUAAAUUAUAAUGACCUAUAAUCAUUCAUGCUCGAAUUUGCGAUUACGUUAUUCUAAGUGACUUAGUCUUAAAGGGUGCGGAUUGCCCAUAUUACAAGGAAAUAAGACAUUAGAUCCAUGCUUUGGUAGAAUACCAACAACUAUACAACAAUUUUGUAUUUUGUACAAUUUUUUCAACUCAUGUUGGGAGAGACGCUUGAAAGAAUGCAAUCCUUUUGGGUAGUAAAUCUGAUACUUGUCACACUUCAGCUUUGUACUUACAAAGACUGGUAUAGCAGAAAUAUCAGGUUUUCUAUGUUAACUUAUAUUUCGUUUUUCGGGGCUCAAUUCAAAUCUUGCUGCAGGGAAAAGCUUGCAUUGAAAUACGAAAGCUUAGGAUGGAUAGGGAUACAAAUAUCUGAAAAAUACAAGGAGUACUUCGACGUUUCGAACAGAUACGCUUCGUCGGCAAGUUACAAAUGUCGCUACCAUGCUAUACUUCCUGACGAAGGGCCUUCGCUCGAAACUUCGAAACUUGUAUUUUUAAUUUUUCAAAUAGUUGUAUCGUGUCAAUCCAAAUCUUUCUUAUUAUUGGCAAGGAUUGUAAUGAAAUAUUGCCAGAGACCAGAGCUGCGUAGGUUACACUGGCGAGUCUUGGCCUCUCUUGAGUCUUGAGUUGGCCUACAAUUUGGUACUGUAUAAGAGUCUCUUGCUUGAGCUAACUGCCACGAUAGGCCAUAGUAUAGCUUGGCAAGCUCCCAACUCCUGGCCGACAGGCCCCGAAAAAACUAGGUCGAUAGUGAUGUACUAUUUUGCAGAUUCAUAUCUUCGGCAGAGGGACAUCGGCAGAGGGACGACGGACUCUCUUCAUGCUCAUGAGCCCGUAGCGUGAAUCAAACCCACAGACUCAGGGCAAAUGCGCUUGCACUCACGAACGACUACGCCAACGAAUCCCCACUUUUAAUCCUAUAGAUGUAAAGAAUAGACCUUAUGCACAAUGACGUCACAAGGCUUGAUGCCCGCGAGGAAUGGUGGUCUUAGUAGUCAUCGCCAUGGAAAAUUAAACAAUUCGAAAUGACCACUAUCGAAAUUUUCCCAGGUAAUGACUACUAAGACUAGCAUUCCUCGCGGGCAUCAAGCCUUGUGACGUCAUUAUGCAUAAGGUCUAUUGGAUGAAGUGCCUACAAACUCCUCUAACAUUAUAGCCUUUGGAUUGCAGGGAUUACUAUGGCUACCGCCGCAGCAGGAAGCUUGCCUGCAGUGACUCCACCUACAGUCAUCACCGACGAUCAACGAAGAUGGGUCGUCAUUGGCAUUUGUCUCAACAAACUUCUUACUCCUCUAUUGAGAAAUGUCCUUGCAAAAGAAAUGUUGGGUUGGUAUAACCUACUUUGCCUCCCGUCGUCAAAGCAAAUCAACAAGCAAAUUUACAAAAAAGAAACAAAAACAAUACCACCUUCCACGAUAAAACUUAAUUAUGGUAAUAUCAACAAGAAUUAUGACAACCACAAGUCAACAUAUAAUGCUUAUGAUUAUAAUGUCAAAGAUCCGGAAUCUCUUGCCAAGUUAUUUGUCCAACCUUUCAUGGCAAAGUUCAGUGGCUUUGACCAAACCAUGGAUCUUUCUGCUGUAUUAACAAUGAUGUGUGAAGCUGACCCUUUUCACACAUCUGGAGCUGCUGCACAAGCAAAUACAGUUCGUUCAGUGGUGAGGAACGAAUGGGCUCAUUGUAAUUUUUCACACUGGAGCGAUGCAAAAUAUCUCUCGUGUAUACAGCAUAUCGAGACACUGGUGAAGAAAUUAAACUUGCCAAGUGCAGACGAAAACGAAUUUCUUAAAGAACUGAAUAACUGGAAAGACAAAGGUAAUAUUCUAUGUAUAAUAUUUACAUUUGUUUUUUUAUUUGUGCAUGCCUAGUGAUAUUUUUUGAUUUCCUGCAAUCUGAUUGGCUGCAGCAGCAGGCAGCUUUUUACGAUAUCUUGACCGUGGUCCAAAAGUGUUAUUUUUUCGCAAAAAAACGAGGAGUGAAGACAAUUUUCAGACUCAAAACACUACCCAAAACGUUUAAAAAUCCACCUUUUCGAUACUAAAGACAGUAAAAUACAGUGAAUUGGCUUCAGUGGACUUAGUGCCAAGCGCGAAAUGUACUUUUCUCCGACAAAACUGCGAAAAAGACAAAUAUAAACAUCGAGAAACACUUGCCAGCGCUACAUGUUUUGAUUCAAAUGUUCUACUACAUAUGUUCAGCUAUUCUUCGAAAAUAUAAAGUAUAAAUAUAAAUAGUACAACGUACAACUUGUCCUUAAACAUAAAAUUUAAAAAAACUAAACCUUAAAUGGCAGUUUAAAGACGAUUCCUGGGCUGAUUCGGGCAAAAAUUGUUUUUAUAAAUGUUGUAAAAAACAAAUUGUUUUUCGGCAACUAAAAUUUGUAUUUGUCUGUCAAAAAGCAUUUUUCAAGCAUGUCCAUGAUGCAAAACGAAUCGAAAAAUAAUUAUUUUUAUUUUGUUUACCUUCUGUUUUCUUGUUGAGUAGAAAAGCAUCUAUUGCAAUGAAACUAAAAGUUUUUUAUUCAGCUUUUAUCGCGUCGUUUUAGCAGUUUGUCAGCCAUGCUUGCACUAUUAAAUUAACAAACGCAACUGAUCUCAAAUGUACUUCGCAACUGGAAUUUUAUCGGAAUUCAUUAUAACCAUGAAGAACUAUCAAAUAAAAAAAUAAACACGUUAUGUACCGUUUAGGUCGGUCCGUAUUAAAAAAUAUUUUCCCUCGGCUUCAGAAGCGUCCCUCGGCCUUUGGCCUCGGGACGCUUCUGAGACCUCGGGAAAAUAUUUUUUCAGUACGGACCUGGCAGCCGGUAAAUAACAUAUAUGUAUUUUCAACAGCAAUUUUGCCAGAUUUGCAGGGAACGUUUAUCCAAAAACUAUCCACAGAAAAUUUGAUAUUGACACGCUUAAUCUACCUCUUAACCAAUCAGAUGCAUACUGAUCCAGUAGGGGAUAGCGCGGUAGUGGUAGUGGAAAUCAAAUUAUAACCACUCCAUAUACAUAACAUAUCUUAUAUAGCCAUGUAAAAUAAUGCUGUAAAGUGACCAGCCUAUGAUUUACUAGGCGGGAAAAAAGUUAGAAAGUUAAUGAAGUUUGCAUAAAUCUAUGUAUUCCUAGACUUCCUACACCCAAUAUCCCCCCCCCCCCGUGCAUUAACAGACCUAAACGCACUAUUAGAGUUUUCCUAUAAUUUAGGAGAUAUUACAUAGGAAUCAAUUUUACUCAAAAUUCUCCUAACAUGUAAUCGGUGAGAUCCGCGCAUAUACUUAUUACUUGUUGCUUAGCAACACGCUUGUCAACAUAAGCGGGGAAGGAGCUGAGGAAAACAAUGUUACAGUUGAGAAAAUUUGUUUAAAACGCUGGAAAUAGAACGAUUAGUGAUAAGCAAACUAAGUCGAUAAAAUUUUUCACCAUCUGACCUGCCGGAAUUGCCGUAAAAACCGUGGAAUACAUCGGAUUGCUUGAAAUUAUUGAAUUUUUUCCUCCGCUGAAAAUAUAUUUGACAGUUUCUAUCAGAGGUAUUAAAGGUACAUUCUAAAUCACAUUUGUUCAGUUUUCGUACUUUUUUCUGUUUUGGGGUAUUGCAGCUGUAUCUUUUUCAAGUUUUUCUCGGCUUUAUCGUUUUGUUUAUAUUGUGGCUACAAAGCGGAGCAGGAAAAAACACAGAAAGACCACAGUGCAUUUUUGCAUUAUAACGCAAGCGCAUUAGCCAAUCAAAUUGUAUGUUAUAUCGGCCUUAUAUUACAAAUGGGAUUCAACAUCUGCUUGAAUUCGGAUGCUCUAUUUUAUCAACAUUUGGCGUUUUUGAGGCUAGACAUAAAUUCAUGCAAUUUUUUGAAUUAUCACGUUGAAGUACGUUAAUUAAAAUCACUUUAAAGUAAAAAAUGUGCAUUAAACUCGUACUAAACGUUUUGCGCCGUCGUUAUCGGUUUAAAACUUCAAAUAAUAUGAUGACCAGUUUAAAUUUUAUUUUACGUAAGUAAUGCGUUCUGCGAUGAGGUCUUGUGCAUGUAAACACCAUUCUUGUUCGGUUCUGUGCUCUUAUAUAUGUUUCGUCUGGAGUGUCAUGAUUUCAUUCUGAAUUUCUUCACCUUGGGUGCGAAUUAGCGCACCAUCUGCGCCAUUUACAGUAUAUUACAUUUCCGGAAGGUAUAUUGUUUCCUAUUUUCUUCUCGAUCUUGGAGUAUUUUCCUCCAUAUUUUCUUGCCCCUUCCAAAAAACACUGCUCCGAUAUGAUAUUGUUCUCUUGACGUUGCAGCAAAACCCGUUGAGUCGUUUCAGUACCUACCAAAUCAUAUCUUUUUGAGUGAUGAGUCACUGUAUACAUUGUUGAUCCCGUACAUUGGAAACAUAUCUGGAGAUUGACAUCCUCGCACGUGUUCACCGGCCUCGCUGACAAGGGCAUAAUCAUCAUUUGAUUUUUUAAAGGUCCGCAAUUGUGCUGUG